AUGAUCCCGCGUCAUUCCCAUAAACGGUCGCUGUCCUCCGAGCAUCGAGCUCUUUCUCCCGAAAAGACAGUGACUAAGGCCAAGUCCACGACAGAUCUAACUGAAAACAUUGGGAAAAAUGCCCCCACUUCCCACAUAAAUAGGUUCGAGGAGGACGGUUUCAACACCUUGCAGGAUCCUCGAUUAGCGGCCCAAACAGAGGCUUCCCCCUCGAUCUCAUCAACUCAUCAUCCCGACUUGAGUAAUGAAGUUGCUGCGCUGAGUGUUAAGUUGAUUCAAGCUAUCAAUAACCAGGCACAGCUAGAUGAUAGCUUGGUUGCCACUCGUCAAGAGCUGGAAUUGGCUCAGGGUAAAAUUCAAGCCCUGGAAUUCCAGAAUGAGAAAUAUCGACGUGACCUCGACACCAAGGUCUACAUCAAAAAAUCAGAUGCAGACCGCGAAAUCUUACAAUUGAGAACUGCGCUCGCGGAGGAAAGGGCGCAGCGAGCUGUGGUGGAAAAAGGAAAGAAGACAAUUGAGCAAGAAUUAGAAACCCUGACUGCUGAUCUCUUCGAGGAAGCCAAUAAGAUGGUGGCUGCGGCUAAAAUCGAACGAGAAGUGGUUGAAAAAAAGAAUGAGCAACUACGGUCCCAAGUCAGAGACACGGAGUCGCUCCUUGCGUCACAUCAGGAUCAACUGGCCGAGCUCAAGUCAGUCAUGCAAGGAAUGCACCUCUCCAAGGAUGACAUGGACUCUCGUGCCGCUUCUACCGCCCCGCCAUCGCCAGCGGGGGCUUCUCAAACGCAAGGGCCUACUAAGCAUAAUCCCGAAUCGCAUCAUUUAGUAGCAAAUCCGUGCAAUCCUGAGGGACGUACCCCCGGUCCCUCGUGCGAUUUCCCCGAGAUUCUUCGCAUGGUGUGUCGCACUGACCUACAGUCUUUUGAUGACUUUCGAGAGCUUCUUACGCUCUCCCGGGGCUCUAAGCCUCCCAGUCGGGCCGGUAGUGGAUCAUAUGCGGGUUUGAAUGUCAUGAGUCUCGCAGGAUUUGGCUCUGGAGCAGCCUCCGCCAACAACUCGCCUACGAAGGGGGUGACUAGCUCUCCAAAUGGAAGCUUGUCAUCUCAAUUUGGCUCGCACGCCCCAUUGAAAGAUACCCGAUUUUAUAAAAGGGUACUCAUGGAAGAUAUUGAGCCUACUUUACGACUUGACUUGGCGCCCGGAAUCUCAUGGCUCACCCGCCGUACAGUUCUGAGCGGUAUUUGUGAGGGCACGUUGGUUGUAGAGCCAAUGCCAGCUAUGACAAAAAAAUACGAGUUUCCCUGCACUGUUUGUGGUGAACGCAGACCGGGUCCACAAAAUGAGCGAACUCACCGGUUUAGAACGUCUGAGAGUGAGACAGCUCAGCGGUAUUCGUUGUGCCUUCAGUGUGUGGAGCGGAUUCGUUCCUGCUGCGAAUUCACCGGAUAUUUACGAUUGAUUUUGGAUGGUCAUCUUAAGGCCGGCGAUGUGGAGGAAGAGAGAGAAAUUUGGGAGGAAACAGUUCGGCUUAGAGAGCGAAUGUUUUGGUCACGAGUUGCUGGUGGGAUCAUCCCACUGGUGAUUCGGGCCCCUGAGCCUGAUGUUGAAAUAAAUAUCAACACCCUGGAUACCGAGUCCUCGGUAUAUACACCAGGCGGUGGGUAUCUUCAUCCUACGGACAACUCUGUUAUCAACGAGUGCAAAAUACAUGAAAUGACAGCCUCGAUUGAGCCCACUCAGAUUAAGAGAGACUCCAGCGUUUUCGCUCCUUCUCUACCCGACUUCGAAAUGGCUCAACCGGCGACCCCUGACUCCCCUACGUUUGAGGGAAAAGAUCUCCAAAAUUCAGCUUCCGACUCUCUUCAGAGACGAGCCUCUGUUGAUUCCGACAUGAGUGUUUACGAAGAAGCCGAAGAAGCCAAUGCUACCGUGGAGACGGAAUACGUGGGAUCUGAAGUGGAGCAAGACCCAUAUACUCCCGACCCAAGCAGUCAUUCAAUUUCAUGA